AUGAAUUAUAAUGGAUUAAGGAACCAAGCUAUUAAUAACUAUAAUCAAUACACCCAAUUGUUGCAAAAUGAUAUUGAUGAAAAUGAAACGUUGAAAAAAAGCAUCGAGGAAUAUCUGAAAGAGUUAUAAGGAAAGAUUAUGAAAAUGCUUUCAAAUUUCUAAAAAAAUAUUUUCACUUUUGUUGAUCAAUAAAGUUAAAGAUUACGAACAAGUAAAUGUUAAGCAUAAUCAUUGAUGCAAGAUUAGAAUCCAUCGCUUGACUCCUAUAUAUAUUUUGCUAAGUUUUCUGAUAAUAAGGCAAAAUAGAAAUAGGAAACCACAAAAUAAUAAAUUAAAGCAAUUGUGAAUGAUUUAAUAGAUGAUCUAAAUUAAAAAGUAGAAUAUCUCAAGUAGCCAGAUGUUAAUGAAUAUAAAAUUAUUGAAUUUGAACUACAAUCAUUUGAAAUACAAUCACUUUUUUAGAAAAAACUUCCUUACAGCGAUUGCAAAGAACAUUUCUCUAAUAAAAAUUCAAUAUGCAUCAAUAUUAAAUGUUUAGAAUAAAAUAAUUUAGACUAUCAUUGUUUAAGAUGUAGCAAGACUUCUCAUGUCGAAGAUUUUUAAAAUGAUUAUUUAGUGGAAUAUGAUAAAUUGAAAAAGGAUUAGAGAAUAAUGUAAAAUUUUGUAGUGAAUAAAAAAUAAUGUAUUAAAGAAUAUGCUUAAAAAUUAGCAAAUAAUUUAAUUAAUCAAAUAAGAAUUGAGCAAAAAGAAUAAUAUUCGAAAUAUGAAAUAGCCAUAGAAAAUAUCAAAAGUCUUCAUUAGUAAUUUGAAAUUAAUUUAUCAGUUUAAGACAAUUAAUAUUUGUUUGGAAAUUUAAUAUUAUAAUUUAUAACAACAAAGUAAGAAAAAAUUGAAUUUUAAUUCAAUUAAGUAUAAUAAAAUUUUGAAGAAAAGCUAAAAUGGUGUUGUAAAAUGGAGAAGCAAAAAUUCUUAGAAUAAUGCGGAUUUUUAGAACAGAAAUAAGACGAAAUUUUGAAACUUUAAAUUCGCUAAAAAGAAUUAAAAGAAGCAAUAGAUCAAAUGGAUUAAUUGCUAAAAAAUGCGGUUUCAGAAAAUACCUUAAAUUUGAUAUUAAGAAAUAUAGAGGAAAUAAAAAGAGAAAAAAAACGAAAUUCAAACUUAAUUCUUUGUUUGUUUUACAAUUAGGCUGUUCAGUAUUGCAAUUAUUUUUUAAUCCAAAAAAAGUUGGAAUAAGUGCAAAUAUAUGAAAGAUAUUAAAGUUAAUGA